UGACUUUACUUCUUUUCGGAGCUGUGAAAUUAGUACAUUAACUUUUGUUCCUUCUGGUUGAACAGUUUCCAACUUAUUAAUGUCAUGGAUUUGUGCAAUGGCAUCAAAUUUUGAAUUCCAUCUUGUUUCACAAGGUGUUCGUAGAACACAUCCCAAAAUUUGUUUGCAUAUCGAUUUUGAAUGACUACUACGGUGCGUUUUAUUCCAGAGCGAUCGUAGCUUCUCAUACACGGCAUUCAUAGCUUCUUUGGCAAGGGGUGGUAGGAGUUCGUCGAAAGAAUUUGAAACCAAAUUCAACAUAUGCGAAAAACAGCGACGUUGCGGGGGAAGUGUGAUUUGGAGUUGAGGAGAAUUCCCACCAAAAUAACCUUCACUGCUCGUAGGAGUUUGGUUUUGCGAAUCAAAGUCCAAAAUAUCACUGGCAAAUAGUUCGCCCGUUUCAUUUCGCAUAUACACUGUAUCUCCUAGCGAUAUUAUGUUUGGAUUUUGUGUUUCACUAUUAGUGCCAUCACCGUCGGGUUCAUUCCGAUGCAAAUCGUCGCUAUCAUCAUCACAGUCACCAUCAUCUUCAUCAUAAUCUUCGGAAAUUUCUGCGUCGGGAUCAGUUCCAAAUUUCCGAAACAUUUUGCAGAAUGCUGAACCUCCAUCCGUGACAAUAUUUGUUACCUUUUCAAUAUCGAUAUUGUAAUCUUCAAAAAUUUCGUCUAAUUUUUGCGCUAGCUGAAUGUAUGUUUGUCGACCAAACAGACGCUUAAAUGCUAAUACGUGUGAUUGGCGAUGGUUGUUACUUUCGAGAGAUUCAUCCAGAAAAUGUACCGUCACGCCCAAGUAACUCUGUCCUCUGCUUGACCAUACGUCGCAAGUGAUACACAAAUAUAAUUGUUGGGCCAAAAGUUCUUUAAGACCAGUUUUCAUUGAUUGGAACUUUUCAUUGAGCGUUGACAUAAAUUUACGUCUUGACGGUAGCAUUAUUUUUCUUCCGCUAACAGUUUCUAAUAACGCUUGAAGUGAUGGCAACUGCGCAACAUUAAAUGAUAGAUUUCCAUCGACCACGAGGUCAAGCAGCUUCGAUGAAAUCUGUUGAAACAGUGUUUUAAACUCAAUUAAAAAUUAAGAAGUAAUACUUUUUUUUAAAUAAUGACUCUCAUUAAUAAUAUUCGCUUUAUAUUUAGUGAAUAUAUUUGCACAUAGAGUUUUCAAUGUACCUUAUCGGUAGAAACUGCUGGCAAUACAUCACGAAUAUCUGACUGUUUAGAGUUUGACGUCUCUGGCAUUACGAAGGUUUUGUUUUUGAGAUACUCAUCCAAAUCUUUCAAACGGCUUCCAUGGAUCUUGUAAUGUGUCUUAAAAUUGCCUGUGCUCUUCAAAUUUCCUUUCUUUAUUUCCAAACAUUCUGUACACUUUGCGAUAACUCUGUCUUCUUCAUCAAUUGAUAUUAUCUCGUAAAAUUGACCAUCCAAAAUUUUUGGCACCUUUUUUUUCUUUGGAGGCGGUACACAUUCUGACGAUUCACUAUUUGGCUCUAGUAGAGUAGUAAAAUGACAAAUUUUAGCAAAAUAUUAUUUACAAAUUUUCGAUACAUUGUAUCGGAUACAAACACCAUAGACUUUUUUACCUUCUUCAUUUGUGUUCGUCAAAUAUUCAUAAAUCCUUUUUCCUCUUCUGGUUAGCAUAAUUUAAUCUAAGUUUUUAACUAUCAGUUCAAUAUUUUCAAUUCAAUUUUCUUGAGAUAACUUAAAAUAGAUAUAAUUUUUUACAGUGGAUCAAUUGUUUUUUUUUAACAAAUUACAAAGUUUUGAAUAAACGAUGAGUUCAGAUGAGUUGUCCAUGGACAGUGCACUCAGUUGGUAAAGUCAUUUUGACAGGCGUUCAAUGUUGCCAUAUCAACUGUCUAAUGUUUCUAAUACGCAAUUGCAACCAACUUUACACUAAUGCUCAACUUGAGUGAAUUGUCAACGACACAAAGUAAUUGUUCAUCAAGACGUAGAUUUUUUUCAUUCAAUUUAUUUCAAACAAAUUAUCUAUUCAACAAUAAAAAAAGAAUCUUCAAAAAUGCCAAAAAUCAAAUCAAGAAGUCAACACAGAAAAAUUACGCAAUACUUAACAAAACCAGCACACAAAGCUAAUGCUUUGUCGGUCGCUUCGAAUAGUAAUUCAGAUGUUGAACAAAUUUACGGACUAAAACCAGUGUUUGUUAAAGUGGUUAAUCUUUCAAAACACGAAAUUUGUGAAAUUCAAAAGAAGAUCGAAUCCGGGGACAAAGUAAAAAGUGCCGUGGUAAAUGAUACAUUGACAGCUCGACUUAUUGAAUUUUCAGCGAAAAACGUUGUGCCCGUUCAAAAGAAGAUCAAAUCCAAAGACGAAGUUGGAAGUGCUGUUGACAUGUCGACACCUCGACCCAAUGAAGCGAAAAAUGAUGAGCCCGUUCAAAAAAAAAUCGAAAAAGGUCAAAAGACAGGCAAUGUUAACACGACCCGAUUAACUCGUUCAAGAGCUCGUUCUUUAGGCAUCAACGUGAAUGAUAUUCAGACUUCCAGCAGCAACAAAACAAUGAAACGAAAAAUCUGUCGCGUGGAGGAUAAUGAGUCACGAGAAGAAUCUUCAUCGAAAAAAAGAAAAUUGGAUGAUAAACAGAUCCAUGAAGCGCCACAGCAAAUUGCUCAAAAUUCAAUUGAUGACCCACAACUUGUGAAAACCGUAGCUCAAAUCAUAUUCAAAGUCGAUGAAGUUGUUUGGGCCAAGAUAAAAGGCCACCCACAUUGGCCAGCCCGUAUCAAAUGUUUUCCUAGCGCAAAAAUGGCUAUUGUUGUGUGGUUUAACGAUUAUCGGACAACAAAAAUCUAUCGCACGCAAUUGCAUAAAUUUUUAACAAACUUUGACAAAUUUGCAGUCCGAUUUCGAGAUACAAUUGGUUUAGAAACAGCAGCUAAGGAGGGCUUAAUCUAUUACGGACAACGUGCUAAUGCCGCAAUGCAAUUUUAA